CACAGCUGGCCUUCUAAACAAAUAAUAAAAAAAUCAAUAGUAAAAAUAAUCAUAAUAAGGUUGCGAUAUAAUGUUCUCAUUUAAGUCAAAGACUAAACAUAAUGAUGUAGAGUUGAAUCAACUGGAUGUCCUAAAUAUUCCUGCUAUCGACGAAUGCUGUUAUGCUUCUUGCUAUUGUGAAGAAAAUGUAUGGAAACUUUGUGAAUUUGUUCAGAAGCAUCAACCAACACUUUUGCCAUCAUGUUAUGCUGUAUUUAUAUCUAACAAUAAUCAAACAGUAGCAUUAUGGUACCAAAAAUCAGGAGAAUCUGCUGAAAAAUUAGCAAUAUGGGAUUAUCAUGUUAUCUUUUUAUACAAACCAAAUUGCAAUGAUCCUUGUCAAGUAUAUGAUUUAGAUACUAUUUUACCGUUUCCAUUUGAUCUCGAGAAAUAUGCCAAAUUGACAUUUAGAUCUGAAGGCAAUCUUCCUCCAAAUUAUCACAGAUAUUUUAGAGUUAUUCCCUCAAAAGAUUUCUUACUCACUUUUGCAUCAGAUCGCUCAAGAAUGAAGCGACCAGAUGGAUCUUGGAUAAAAGAACCACCAGCUUAUCCUUGCAUAGCUACUCCAGAAUCCACAAAUAAUAUUGAUGAUUUUAUAAGUAUGGAUUCAUCCGUGGGUGUAGGUGAAGUGAUGAACUUACCACAGUUUCUUACUCGAUUUCAAUGAUUAUUGUCUGUAAUUAAUAGCAAUUUUAUGUAUAGAAAAUAUUUAUUUCAUCUGUAAAUAAAUAAUUUUAUUAUAUAAAUAAACUCAUUUCUCUUUUUA